UACAGGAAGGUUUCGAAAGCUAGCGCAACACAUAGACAAUGUAAUAUAACAUAAUCAUUGGAACUUGCAACAUUUCGAUAAUCAGUGUUGGACAUGGUCCUUCGAUUAUGUUGUCGAGUAGGAAGAUUUUGCUCCUCUGAAGUUGAGGAUGGCUUGAAAAGUGAAAACAUCGACUCGAACCAAAGCAAGUCCAAAGAAGCCUUUGGCAGGCAGACGGAACGGACAGCUUUACACCCCAUGGGAGCUUUGGGACGCCAACUCGCUCAAGAUGGACGCCUUUCGGCGUCUUCUAAAGAGAUAAGAAUCCUUUUACUUGGUAAUGGCCAAUCCGGAAAAUCAACAUUUUUGAAUCAAAUGAGAAUUUUGCAUAAUCACGCCUUCGAAAGUUCGUCUGAAUGUUCCAUAUUCCUACCAAUUAUUAACUCCAACUUGAUGGAGUCACUGAGAACAAUUCUGCUCACUAUGGAGGAACAGCGAUUGGAACUGACCUCAGUGGAGACCCUUAAGCAUAAGAAAGAGUUCUUGGAGUUCUUUUCACACGAAUAUAGGCCUCGUUUGGCCAAUACUCCGCAAAAUAUUCCUGAUCAUUUGGGAAAGAUCAUUACUGGGAUUUGGCGAGAUGUGCAACUCCAAGAGUCUUAUUAUAAGGCUAUAGACCUUCAGGUCUCCGAGAAUGCCAAAUACUUCAUGGAGCACGCCCAACGGGUAUGUUGCCUCGAGUACACGCCCACAAAACAAGAUAUCCUACGAUCAUGGACACACACCAUGGGUAUCACAGAGCUGUCCUUUUGCCUAGAGGCUAACGUGUUCCGGAUGACUGAUAUUGGUGGACAACGGUCACAGAGGAAGAAAUGGAUUUCCAUGUUCGACCACAUGGACAGUGUCUUAUUCUUUGUGGCUUUGAGUGUCUACAACCUUCUUUUGGAAGAAGAUAACCAGACCAAUCGUAUGAAAGAAGCCUUGCGGGUAUUCUCUGAUCUCACCUUAUCACCAUUUCUUGAUUAUGUCGUGGUAAUGCUUUUUCUCAACAAAACUGACCUAUUCAGAGAAAAGCUCAAGCGCUACCCAUUGAAAAUGUGCUUCCAAGAAUAUUCUGGUCCCAACAAUUUUGGUCCAGCCAUCGACUAUGUGGCCUCUCAAUUCAAGGAUCAAUGUACCAAGGAAAAUAUCUACACUCAUUACACUUGUUCCACGGACACCACGUAUAUUCAGAAUGUUUUCCUGGCAGUGUCAGAUGUCCUACUUAAGCAAAUGAUCGACAAUAUUGGAUUAAAUUGAAUUGACUUGACCCACA